UGGAGCAGUAGCGGACUUCUUGAUAUUCACAAACCACAAGUGGCGCCCUUUCUCUGCAAUAUUUCACGAGUGCCUUCCGUAUAAGAACCCAGUCAGGUAUGCGUAAUCAAAACGCCAUACGUGAUAUGCGCAGCGGAACGCGGAAGGGGGAUUGCAUCCUCGUACGUAAUUCAAUGUAGAUAUUUAUGGGCCGGGGGAAGCGCCCGCUUCUCGUGGAAUGCUGCCUUAUUUUGCCUGCUGUCGUUGCUGGGGUUCGGGAGUUGUCCCGCGACCGGUAGCACUUAGUCGCCACUGAGUACAACGUGACACGGGUUCAUCCUUUUGCGAAUGUCUUGUUCCGUGGAUUCUAUCUCAACCAUUCCUAGCUGGGCUGGAGGAGAACGGAAAAGGAGCCGCGGCGAGUGACCUGCCACAGCCGAAGACGUGUUGCUCUGACAAUCAACACUGAAGACGGCUGCAGAUCCCCUCGACCCAAUUACUUGACGUUUCCAGUUGCAUUCAUCUAUGAGCUCGAGUGACAGCUGGUCGGUUGUCAUAAAACCUUUCACUGAGGCGUUUGCUGACUUUCCCCUUCCUCCCGCAUCUUUGAGUCGGUGUCGGGGAGAACGAGUCGAACGAGGCUUGUCUCCAGUCGGGGGGAUAUGGGCGAGCAAGCAGACCAGAUGCAGUGGUUCGUGGCAAGGCAGCGUCAAAAUUCAGGGCAGUGAUGCCUGGUAUGGUGAUGUUUCGGCGGCGCUGGUCAGUCGGCAGUGAUGACCUGGUGCUGCCUGCCCUCUUUCUGUUUUUGUUACACUGCAUCUGGCUGGUAGUUCUCUCCGUGGUUUUGUUCGGCCUUCCCUAUGGCUCUGACCAGUCCUGUUCUAUAACACUGGUGGACCAUGGCCGAGGGUACAUGGGCAUCUUGGUCAGCUGUCUUAUCUGUGAGAGUGCCAUCAUGUGGUUAAGUAUGAGAGGUAGCAUCCUGUACACACAGCCCAGGGAAGCUGUGCAAUACGUCAUCUAUAUCCGACUAGCCAUUCUUCUAGUAGAGCUUGUGUAUGCAGUCGUGGGAAUUGCCUGGCUUGUUCAGUAUUACCAACCAUGCUCUGAUGUGACUGCCAAAAACCUAGCUUUGGGGAUUGUUGCAUGCAACUGGCUAGUGAUAUUCAGCGUCUGCAUUACGCUUAUGUGCACUUUUGAUCCUACCGGUCGGACAUUUGUCAAACUGAAAGCAACUCGCCGGCGUCAACGAAACCUUACAACAUACACACUAAGACACCGACUUGAAGAAGGCCAGGCCAGCAGCUGGAGCAGGAGACUGAAAUUCUUUAUGUGUUGCACAAGAGCCCAGGACACACAAUCAGAUGCAUAUUCAGAGGUGGCAAGCCUUUUUGCAGAGUUCUUCAGAGACCUAGACAUUGUGCCGAGUGAUAUCAUUGCUGGCUUGGUACUCCUCCGUCAGACACAGAGAUCUAAAAGAUCAUCUAUCCUGGACCAGGGCAACAACGAUAUUUUAGCCUUCCUGUCCGGGAUGCCUGUCACUCGGAACACUAGAUAUCUGGACCUUAAGAACUCGACUGAGAUGGGCAUGUAUAAGGAUGUGUGCUACUACAUGCUCUUUGCUCUCGCUGCGUAUGGUUGGCCCAUGUACCUGAUGAGAAAACCAGCCUGCGGACUGUGCCGCCUCGUUAGCACCUGCCCGUGCACAUCAAUGUCUGGCUCACGUUUGUCCCAGUCAGUGACAGUGGAGGAGGACAAUUGUUGCGGUUGUAAUGUUUUGGCCAUACGCAGACAAUUCUUGGACCGGGAUCUGAAGCAGGUUCACAUAGUCUACACUUCCUGCCAUGAUGCAGUUUAUGAGACUCCAUUUUUUGUGGCAGUGGAUCAUGAAAAGAAGAAGGUGGUCAUCAGUAUCAGAGGGACAUUAUCGCUAAAGGAUGCGUUGACUGAUUUGUCUGGGGAUUCUGAGCGUUUACCUGUGGAGGAACAGCAUGGGACCUGGCUUGGUCAUAAGGGGAUGGUUUACUCAGCAGAGUACAUUAAGAAGAAACUGGAGCAGGAAAUGAUAUUGUCACAAGCUUUUGGAAGAGACUUGAACAAGGGCACCAUGCAUUAUGGACUGGUGAUAGUAGGCCAUUCUCUUGGUGCUGGUACUGCUGCUAUUCUUUCCUUCCUGCUGAGACCUCAGUAUCCCACACUUCACUGCUACUCUUACUCCCCACCUGGUGGCCUUCUUAGUGAGGAUGCCAUGGAAUACUCCAAAGAGUUUGUCACCUCUGUUGUAUUAGGAAAAGAUCUGGUACCAAGGCUGGGCCUGUCUCAGCUGGAGGGGUUCCGUCGCCAUUUGCUAGAAGUUCUACAAAAAAGUAACAAGCCAAAGUGGAGGAUCAUUGUGGGAGGCACCAAAUGCAUCCCAAAGUCGGAGCUUCCACUUGAGGAGGAGGAUCCUCCAUCUCAGCAAGCAGCACCCCCCAGCAGUCGUCUGUGGCUCCACCCCAGUGACCUCAGCAUCGCCCUCUCAGCCUCGACCCCCCUCUACCCUCCUGGCCGGAUCAUCCACGUGGUGCACAACCAUCCUCCAGAGACCUGCUGUGGGCAGGAAGAGCCAACAUACUCGGCUCUUUGGGGGGACAACAAGGCCUUCAAUGAAGUCAUCAUUUCGCCCGCCAUGCUUAAUGAGCACAUGCCUCUCAUGGUGAUGGAAGGUCUAAACAAGGUCCUGGAGAACUACAACAAAGGCAAAACGGCUUUGCUGUCUGCAGCCAAGAUCAUGGUCAGCCCGACAGAAGUGGACUUGAACCCUGAGAGUGUGUUCAUGGCUGCAUCUGCAACAGCCCAGCAGCCAAUGACUGUAACUCACCACCGCAGGAACAGUAGUGUUCGACAAAAAACAUUGCUACGUUCCUGUGCCCAGUCUGAAAUAUCUCUGGAUGGUUUCUCCGAGUGUCCUCCUCCUCCAGUACCUGUAGUGUUACGCGGAGCACGGGAGCGCCUGACUGUGGAGCUUAGGGACCGCAAAGCUCCAUUAGCUGUCAUGGAAAGCCUGUCAGACGCUGAAUCUGUCUACAGCCUGGAUUCCAGGCGCUCCUCUGCUGCGCUUAGAGGUUCUCCAAUGCUUAGUAGCCUACCCUUCCCUUUGGAUGCACCGAUUCCUGAAGAGAAUCCAUCUCUCAGCUCUCGCACUGAGCUGCUGGCUGCUGACUGCCUCUGCCAGGCCACACCAGAACACCUGGGUGAGAUUGGGCCUUUCUUCACGCCAUUGGACCCUGUAUCUAAUCCGGAGUACUCCGUGCAGCUUUCGCCCGCCACACCUCAAUACAGUGGACAUUAUUCCCCUCAGCCUUUCAACGCAGAGCCUAACGUCUACUCUGAAAUUGACCCUGAUGUGCAACAGAUUCCGGGCGUCUACAGUCCAGGUAGCACUCCCGACGCUCCCCGGAGUCCACAAAUUGCUUCUAGAGCAAUGGAUGAAGAUGAAGACAAGUGGGAGUUUAGCACGGAGACUGGACGGGAAACUUCCACCCAGCUGUCAAAUGGAAACCCCAGCCGAACAGUGCUGGAAUUUGCCCAGUACUUGGACUCUCUAUUUAGACUAGAUGGCAGCAGCUCACCUCCAAUGGACCUGUCUGAUGGGGAGUCGGAGUCAGGACGCGGCUCACUUGGCCACGUCGAGUGUAUGGGAGAUGAACCAGAUGACAAGCAGCUUCUGGCCAGGGCAACACUGGAGCCGAACCUGGUCCCCAAGCCACCGCGCACUUUUGCCGGAUCUGCUGACCCGUCUUCUGGCAUCUCCUUGUCACCUUCCUUCCCCCUCUCAUCAUCUGAGGAACUCAAUGACCUUUCACCUGGUGAGGGUGCCCCACCUCCCAAUGACUCACUACGAACAUCUCUCCCUAUCCACUGUUCUGAGGAGAACACUCUAUCCUCUAUGGUGUAGUCCACUUCAAACAACUGUAUACUCCAAAUGAAGGACACAGUCAUCCCAGAUUUAAAAAAAUAAAACAACAAAACAAAAGAAACAUAUCACAGUAUGUGCAUGCGAUGGAAUGUAGUCACUCAUCAGAGACCUAAGAACAAACCUUGACUUGCCAACUCACAAAUAAUUUCCAUUCUUCAGGUGUCCUCCCCCACUUUAAUGACAUUUUCGCACUAUUGCAAUGACUACAAAGAAGAUACCUCUCUGCAUGCCAGGGGGCUGUGCUGCUUUUGGGUGGAAAUAAACAACUGUAGCUUCACCAAUACCGUUCCAAAACAAUGUCGUGAUACAUUUCAGCAUAUGUUCAUCCCCUGACUUAACUCAAGGAAGGAGAGAGUCGUUAAUUCAGCAGGGAUUCAAAAGCUAACACUGUAGAAGAAGCUAAUUUGCAUUGGCACGUCAUCUAGGGUUGACGUGCUCUACUACUUCCUGCACCCUCAGCAGCAUAUUUUCUUCCUGCUCUUUAUUUGUCAUUGUUCAUUUCAGGAAUGUGAAGAUGGACGUUUAUGUCAGUCAGUAGAAGUGUGAAGACGUGACACAAUGUUCCUCAGGUCUAUCUAUACAGAGUUGGUGUCGAGGAAAAGAUGGUGUGUGUGUUUGUGUGUGUGUGUGUGUGUGUGUGUGUGGGUGUGUGUGUGUGUGUGUGUGUGUG